GACAAGUGUCCAGCCCACUCUAAUUUUCCAUUCCUUCGUUCCACUCAAAAACGUUUUUCCUCUGUAAAAUACCCAACAACUCCAUUUCCUCUCUAAGAUACCUGUUUGUUCUGAUUAAGUGCAAUUGAAUCUCAGCGUGGCUAGGAAUACGAAGGCAAUCUUUUUCUGAUGGAGCCAUCAACGUGCUAUUAUUGCAAUUUUUGACAAGAAGAAAGUAAGUGAAUCCGAAUAUUGAGCUGCUUUCGGAACCAAGAAAUGAACUUUGGGAGACUGAAGAAUGUGGUAGCUGCUGCAGCCAUUGAAGGUGCGGCCGAGGCAAGGGCCAGGAUAUUUGGCCAUGUACUUAAUCCAACUGGUCAGAGAUCUCCUCACAAGGUUUUACGGAAGAAGCUGAUUGGUGAAAAGGUGUCACAAUGGUACCCACAUGAUAUCAUGAAAGACGAUCCUCUUGUGAUGGCACGUCAAGAGCAAGAGCGCCUGAGCAAGCUUGAAAUGUUGAAACGUCGUGGCAAGGGGCCCCCUAAGAAGGGCCAGGGCAAGCAGGCUAAGAAACGCAACAAAUAGAGAUGAUUAUACUUUCACUGGUUUGAAAUAAAGGGGUAUCUAUGAUUACCAUUUGCAAUUUGAUCGCUAACUUUAUCAUCAGCCACCUGCUUUCAGGAGAGCAUCCGCAUACUCUUUUACAAUUAUUUCCAUAUAGUGUUUUUGCACGCUUGU